GAGGGAGGUAAGGUGAGGGCAACACCCGGCCACUCCACCUAACUGUUGAUAUGAGGUGAGGCCAGGGAGAAGGAGACGCCGAGCCUCAGUGUGUUGCAGUCCACCACCAUCAUUACAUACUACACACUCAAGGUUGAAGAAGCAGCUAUGACAAGCGAGACGGUAGAGAAGCUGCCCGUGCCAUGUAUGAAGCUGGGUGAAGGUCCACACUGGCAGGAGGACCUUCAAGCUCUCCUCUAUGUUGACGUCUUCGAUAAAGCUCUUCGGCGACACUUUAUCAACACCGGAAGACAUCAGUUAUUGAAUUUAGAUGAUGGCGGGGUGGCGGAGGUCGUGAGUAUGGUGAUCCCCGUGCACGACGACCCAGAGCUGAUGGUGGUGGGUCUGGGCAAGGCGCUCUCUGUGGUGCGCUGGUCUACCUCUGACCCAGACAUUCACACCAUCAAAACCAAGGUUAUCCAGACCACCACUGAUGACCACUUCAAUGAUGCUAAGUGUGAUCCUCAAGGACGACUGUGGGCAGGCACGAUGGGCCCCCUGGAUGAGAAGGGUGAGUUACUCGAGUUCAACACUUCCUCCUUGUUCAAGUACGACCAUGACCUUGUCUUCACCAGCUGGGUACAGAAGGUGACAAUAUCUAACGGGCUAGCCUGGAGUCAUGACAGGAAGACCUUCUACUACAUCGACACCCCCGCCAAGAGCAUCUACUACUUCGACUAUGCCGACGCUGCCGGCACCAUCAGUAACCAGCGUGUACUACUGGAGUACGAGGCCGCAGGACUCCAGGACCAAUUUCCUGAUGGGAUGACCAUAGACGUGGAGGGUAACUUGUGGGUGGCCUGCUUCGGUGGGAGCCAGGUCAUCUGUGUAGACCCUAAAGCACGUAAAGUGAUUCGUAAGGUGACUGUGCCAUCCAAGAAUGUGACGUCUGUGUGCUGGGGUGGCAAAGACUACUCCACAUUGUACGUCACCUCAGGAACCCUCAAACUCUCCCCUCAAGAAAUCGCCUCCAACCCAUCUGCUGGGGGAACCUUUGCUAUCACUGGGUUGGGCACUAAAGGUAAUCCUCCAACUAACUUCAAAGCUAACAUGGAUAAGCUUAAAGCAAAGCUGACAGGAUGAAUGUAAAGACUGUACUGUAGUAGCAUGAAAAAACUUGUGGGGUCCAGUUAUAUACUUAAUAUGAACUGUUAGUUGUUUUUAUUAAUUAAAAUUGCAAUAAUGGGAUGUGGGUGUGUGGCACCGAUUUCCCUCUACACUUGAUAUGGGCUGUAAUUUGCUAUAUUCUGCAUUUAUCUAAAUAGUUACAAAUUUACCGGUAAGGCAUAUAUUACUAGUACAGUACCUGGUUGACUGUAAGUGUUACCUGCUUCAAAAACACGAGACUUAAAUAAAUGUAAAAACCACAAA